UGGGGCAGGAAAGAGUAAACACUGUGUGCCCAGGGGCGUGCAAGUGCACAUCUGUGAGAGUCUUCAGUGGGGCGGGGACCCAAAUGUUAAGAGCUCUGCGACUGAAAUCUCCCAGCUUAGCACCACUACUGCGUCUUCCCAUCAGCCAGAUGAAGACAGCCAGGGUGUACUUCAUCACCGUGCUGGCCAUGAUGACCGCUCUUGAAACAGCAUCAGAGGCCUCCCAAAUCAUGCUGACCCAGGAUCCGAGGCGGAAUCUCUUCACAGUGGGUGAAACCAUCAAAUUUAUUUGUCAAGUAAAUUCUUCAGAUGCAUCCUGGCAGUAUUCCUGGUCCAAAGUCAUCAACAGCAAGAAGAUUUCCCUGAAGACUGAAGAAGCGCAAAACAGCAGUGUCUACACCAUCACACUGGUGACGUUGGCUGAUGCGGGACAGUAUGUCUGUGAAGCAGCUCAAAGUAAUGAGAUCCAUUCAGCUAAUGUCACAGUCCACGUCGCAGAAGCAUUUAAAACAACUUUGAGCCGAGAUGUCGACGGCCCAGUUCUGAGUGGAGAAGAUGUUACCUUACAGUGUCUGGUCCAUGCAGAUGAUUCCUCUGGAACCUAUUUGUUUUACUAUGGCCAGGACGGGCUAGAACACUUGAUUCAUAGCAGCAAAAGCUCAAACUACACCAUCAAGUGUGCUGAGAAGGUUAAUGAAGGCAAAUACCAGUGCCGCUCCCAAAGACAAGACUAUCCUUACUAUUCAGGCAUCAGCAAUUACACUAUGCUGAAAGUCGACGAAAGACCACUUGUUACUUUCAAUGUGACUACGACUGAAACUGGAAAGAUCUAUGAAACAGAAGAUGUGACAAUGAAAUGCCAAAUUGGACUAGAAUAUCCAAAACAUAACUGGACGUACCGCAUCUAUAGAGCUGAGAAGGAACUCUACACUAUUUCUACUUUGGACAAUUUUGCGAUGUACCGAUUCCUAGCCAAUGUGUCUAAAUCUGGACAUUAUACAUGUACAGUGGAGAGAACUAAUCACAACACAUGUGUUAAAGCUAACGCCCUACUGGACUUAGAAAUACUCCCACUGCCUAAACCUGAAUUGUUCUAUCAGCAAAAUGAAAACUUCCUUCAUCUGAGCUGCUCCAUUAAGGGAGAUGGUUGGCACUAUUUCUGGUACAAAAGCAAGCAGAACAUAUCUCGUACUCUUUGGCAAAGUACUGUUGUUGGGAAUAUAACUGUACCUGUGAAAAGUGUGGACAAUGAGACUUACCUUUGGUGUCAGGGUCAAAUGAAGACCAAGCAGUCACUUUACUCAGAAUACAUUCAGCAUUUUCAGCCUUUUGUAAAUGAAGAGAUCCAGAUCUCAUCUACAUUUCACUCUCCUCCAGCAGACAGCUCUGAGUAUAUCCAACAUCCACUCCCAACGUCCACUUCCCCCAAGACUUCAGACCGCAUAAAGAGUGAAACUGAGGAGAAAUCCCAACAGGCAUCCCAUUGGGGGAAAGGAAACCCUACAGAGAAGAAAACUGAUCAGGACAAGAAUCCAACAAGUAUGUGGCUCUGGAUUGCUGUGGGUGUUGGUUCAGCGUUGAUCAUUGUGGCUCUGGUAUCCGUAGCUCUGCUGAUCCCAAACAAGAGAUACUCAGUAACCAAGUCCAUCCACUUUCGGAGGCGAGGUGUGCAACUGAUCCGCUAUGAACAGCAGAUGGAUACUGGAAGUUCCAGGUCAAUUAACAAAACUUCUGUGUAACUUUACCCAAAAUGAACAUAAGUAACCUUUAAGGACAAACAGAGCGUUUGUGGCAGAGAAAAGGUGUGGAAGAUGACUUGGUGGCACGAUGAGACGGCUGGUACACUGUCUGUUUCAGAGGCUGAGUCUCUUCUACAUUUCGUAAUUCAAGGCCUUGCUUCUUAAAACCAGACUGAACAGCUACUGUAUGAACACUACAGGUAUAUAGUACUGUAUGCGUGAGAAUAAGUGUAUAGGAUAGUGAUAGGAUAUGAUAUGCUGGGGCGCCACAAGAGUGAGCCUCCUAAAGUUCACUCUCACAUGGAUGAUGUCCUUCUCUUCUGUCUCCUGUUAACGUAAAGCCUUCAUUAAUAUCCUUCACGAAUCCAUGAAACGUAUACAAGGCACCAGUCCAAUCUCCUUUUUAAUAUGUUUUUUUUUAAAUAGAAGGAGCCUUAUUUUAUUAAAAUUAACUAGUGAAAUAAAAAUUAUAAAAUUUUCCCACAUGUUGUGACCUCGGGAGCUGCCGUCUUUUCUCACACUUAACAAUUCAUUUGUACUGAUAGCUGAUUGGAGGCAGGCAAACAUUCUGCAAUUUUACAGGCACAUGAAAGGCUGGAGGUCUUUUGAACAAUCGAACACAGGAUUGCUUGGCAAGAUCACCGAACAAGACUCCCAAAACCCACACAAUCAUUUAGUUUUGAUGUAUCUGUAAAUGUUGUUGUAUGUACCAUGUGUUUUGUUGAUGGUUCCCCAAGAAGUGGGACCACCUGCCCAGCACUGCAAGGGACUGCACUCAUUCCUAUAAAGGUGGGGUCAACCCACAGUCCCUUGCGGUUCAUUCAAAUGCAAUUGGGAGUUAGAGAGUUCUACUAGUGAUUUCUUCUGUGCUUUGGUGUAUACUGGAUAUUUUGUACAUGUGUUCUGUUUUUGGCCAUUCUUUGGAUUUGUGAUUUGGACUUGUUUGCCUUGGAUUGCCUUUGUCUUUUCACACAAUUCCUUUUGCCUUUUGUGCUCCGUGAAGCUUACUUACUUAAAGCUUACUUUUGAAGAUGAUGUAUAAAGACCCUACAUGGCCCUCUUAUUACUAGCUGGGACUCUCAUGGUGAUCUUAUCCCUCUAGUAGGCAUUCAGAGUAUUUUCAGGACUUUCACUGAUAUUCACUGUGUGCAAAUGUAACUAGGCUUGCUAUCAAUAUCUGAUUGAUUAGCUUGUGCCUUAUGACAGGCAGACUACUUUAUGCUAACUGUUAAAAGCACAAUAAUAAUAAUUCAUUUGGUUUUUUCUUGCUACUCAAAGCACUUUGCACUCUGAGUGGGGAGCCACUAA